CAGUCAAUAUGAUAUAAAAUGUCACGUUGACGUGUUAACAGGGCGGUGUGAAAAUGUAAAGAAUAUAAUAAGAUUUUAUAUAUAAUAAGAUUUUAGGAUAUACUAGUAAAUUUUGAGUGAAUUUAUUACCGGUAUAGCAAAAUGCCCCCGAAGAAAGGCAAAGGGAAAGAACCACCAAAACCUCCGCCAGGACCGAAACAAAUAGGGCCACCUCCAAAGCCUAAAAAGCCACCGCCGCCUCCAGCCUGCUUCAGUAACGAAGAUAUUAUGAGGUUUAAGGAAAUGUUCAAAGCUCACGAUGAAGAGAACAUAGACAAGAUCCCAUUAGAGGCAAUACCGCUGAUGCUCAGAAAAUUGGGGUUUAAUCCAAAAGGAGCUGAGAUACGAACGCUUUUUGCACAAUUUUUAGAAGAUGAAUACGUUGAUACGGUUGAAUUGCACGAAUGGUUUUUCAUGAUUGAAGCCAAAAUGAAUUGGGGUGACGAUUUCGAGCUUGCUGUUACUAAAGCAUUUGCUUGUUUGGGUCAUGAUGAUGAAGAAACAGGUACUGUUGAUUUUCUAGCUCUGAAAGAAGAACUAAUGACAUGGGGGGAGCCGCUGUCGGAGUUAGAAUUCAUGGAUUGGACGAAACUUGCUAUGAAAGACAAGACAUACAAUCCUGAAGAUGGAAUGUUUUCGUACGUAAAGUUUAUUGAAAAUAUGAACAAUAAAGAUGUGAGGUAUGUUAAGGAGCCAAUAAACUUCUUUAAAUUAGACCAAAAGACGUUGGCUGAGAUGGCUAUGAAGAAGGCUCAGGAAGAGAAAGAGGAACAGGAGCGAAAGGAAGCCGAAAAGAAGGCUAAAGAAGAAGCGAAGAGGUUAAAAAUGAUAGCUGACGGAUUAUUGCCUCCUGAUUAAUUAAAUCGAAAAAUAUGAUUGUGAUGAUUUCCAGAUGAACAAUAAAAUAAUUUAUACCUCCAGUAAAUUCUAUAUACGAGUAUAAUGUCUUAGUUAAUUGCGUAUUAUAAUUUUCUGAUGGUAUCCUA